AUGGUGCAACUUAUACUAACAUCCAAUGGAAUAAUAACAGAAAGUAUACCUGUUAUGCAUAGGAUUAGAGGAAUGAUGUUUUCUCUUGCAUGGGACGGAAAAGUGCGAGCAAAUGGGAAAGGGUUGGUUGGUGGGAGGUUUUACCUCGAUUACCCUAGCGUGGGGGCAACUGCAACCUUAAUGAUGGCAGCUUGCAUGGCUGAGGGGAAGACCUUGCUCUCAAAUGUUGCUCAAGAACCAGAAAUAAUUGAACUUGCUCAUUUCCUGACAGAAAGUGGGGCAUGUAUAAAUGAUGCAGGAUCAGACAAGAUUUAUAUCUGUGGAAAAAAUCAGUUACAUGGUUCUGAAUAUGGCACAAUGCCAGACAGAAUCGAAACGGGCACCUUCAUACUUGCUGCUGCAAUUACUCGAUCCUGCUUCUCUCUAUCACCUGUCUUUCCUUGCAGUUUAUCUGGCUUGUUAGAAAAGCUCCAGCUUUCUGCAAUCCCUGCAAGUAGGGGGGAUGACUUGCGAGGCUUCAAUUUUAGAACCCAACCGUACCCAGGAUUCCCAACAGAUCUCCAACCCCAGACAAUGGCUUUGCUUUCAACAUGUAGUGGCUCAAGCAUUAUAGAAGAAUCUGUGUUUGAAAAUCACAUGGGUCAUGUAAGAGAAUUACAGAAGUUUGGAGCCAAAAUUGAGGUUUGUGGAAGUACUGCAUUGGUUUUUGGCAAAGAAAAGGGAAGUCACUUUUCUGGGAGUCGUGUCACUGCUACUGAUUUAAGAGGCGGAACGUCAUUGGUUUUAGCCGGGUUAGCUUCAGAAGGAAUUACAGAAAUUAAUGGAAUUUCACAUAUUGAUCGAGGUUAUGAGAAUCUGGAGUCGAAGCUUUGUCUCAUAGGAGCUGAUAUCAAAAGACAGGAUCUUAACAAAGGCCAUGCCAACAAUUUUAUCACGCCCGUUUGCACGUCUACUACCUAA